AUGGCUUUAGCAUUGGUCGCUGUUCCUUGCGGAGAUCGGCUCCGGCCACGGUGGCGGGGAAGCCAGCGGCGGAAGGGGAUGGCUGGUUGCCUGGUGCGACGGCUCGGGACCUGGCGGGCGUCGUCGGGUGAAGAGGUGGAAGAUCGCCGCAGCACCAAGCAACCAGCUAUCCCCUUCCGCCGCUGGCUUCGCCGCCUGCGGCAGUGGCGGAGCUUUCGCGAGGGCGUUAGGCCAGCUUGUUCUAGCCGAUUGGCGGUGUUGGUGCGUGCGCCAGGCGAAGGCUCUCCUGCCGGAUCAGGACGGAUGCUGGCAUGGAGCUCGCACUGGUCCCGCCAGGCAAUGGGGUAGGGCCUAUUGUCGGAGCGAGCACAAUGGACUCUGACCGGACAGGCGCAGAUCCCGGCCAGGCCACGGGCCGUGGUUCAGUGGUGCUGUGGUCCAGACCCGGACCAGACCAUAUCUCCGAGUUUCAGAUCCUGGCUCAUGGGCUCUGA